AUGGCCAGAAUUUACCAAGGCCGCAAGAAGAUCGAAAUCAAGAAAAUCGAAAAUGAGAGCCGCCUGAGUGUAACUUUUGCAAAACGUCGCAGCGGCCUGAUGAAAAAGGCUAGCGAGCUUUGCAUCCUGUGCGAUGCAAAAAUCGCUUUGAUCCUAUUUUCGCCCAAAAACAAAGUCUAUUCAUUUGCUCAUCCUAAUCUCGAGGCUGUUAUCGGAGAUUACCUCCAAGGCAACACACUGAGAUUCGACCGUGUUCUCGAGACUCAUCAGGCUGCUGAGAAUCAAAAGCUGAAUGAAGAGUUCAAGAGAAUUGAUGAACUCUUGAAAGCGGAACAAGAACAGCGGGAAGUGCUCGAUGAAGCGAUUAAGAAACGCAAAGAUCAGAAUAAUUGGUGGGAGGGACCCAUUGAGGAUCUCAAUUUACAGCAGUUAGAGCAUCUGAUGAAGGAAAUGGAAGGCUUGAAGAUGAAUGUUGAUCGUGAAAUUGACCGGCAAAAAAGGGUUGAGGAAACUAGGGCUAAUCAUGCAUUUAUUAAGUUCGCGCCGACAAGGGUCGCCGGAACUAGUAGUUCCGGGGCAAGCGGGUAUGGAUCUCCGGCAGCAUUUCUUCCUCCCGGGGGCGGUGGUAAUAUUGGUGUUCCAGCUAGGUGGCCGUCUAAUUAA